CGUUUAAUCAACAACGAAAACAACAACAACGCAGACAACACUAAAGUAGAAACAACCAUGGAAGAACAGUUUUCUGAUGAUAGUUCUGAAAACCUACAAACCACUGUUGAAACUGUGUGCUUGGUUACUGAGGGGACUUCCCCUAAACCAGGAAUAUACGAAGGGGAGAUUUUAAGUGCCAGGGACAGCAUGCCAAAAAUGUCACUUCUGGAGAUUUUAUUGGCUGUUGAUUCUGCAUUAACAGAGAAAGAGCUUUGGUCCUUAUGUGAACAAGCUAUACUCGCUUUAAAUACAAGGAAGAACAACCCAGUUAGGUACAUCUCAUUAGAAACCACAUUCCUAAGGAAAGAUGGUCUGGUCUCAUUUUCUGAGGACAGCGCUGAUGUCACUGCAGUGGAUAGCAUCUAUCUAGCACCAGAACUUUCAGAACCAGACACCAAAGCAACAAUCAAAUCCUCGAUUUUUGGGUUGUCAGUCUCCUUAUGGUCAGCAGCAGAUUACAAAAUGUCGGACGAUCAGGCACCUUGUUUUAUCGGAACAAUUUGAAUCAUUACUCGUCGCAAUGUCAAGUGAUGACUCGGCAAAAAGAGCUGAUUUACCCGAUGUUAUAAAGAUGUGUGAGGCAUUCCACUCCAGCGCACAUUGCAACUCGCUCGAAGUUUGUUCCUCAUUGUGCGCUGAAGCACGAGAUGUACGACACGGAUCGAAACGUAAGAUCAACUCCCAGAUGCUCCUCCAUGUCCUCCAGGAGGAGGAGCAAAAAGUGAGGAGCAGUUUUAGGAGCAACGUGGUUCCUGAGAUCAACACUUGGAGUUUUGUUUUAAAACCGGCAUCAGAAAGAUCCUUAUCCCCGAAGAAAGAAGUUGACCCCACACCCCAUGAAGAACUUAUGAGAAGCAUUCAAGAGGGCAAGAAGCUACGUACGAGCCCUAAACCAAAGAUAUUUAGCAUACGUGAGAUAUUCGAACACGAUCCGGAACAAUUAAGGAAACUGAACAUCUUGCCUGGACAAAGGAAGAGAAAUAUUAAAGCAAUGCAAAUGGCAUUGCGUCGCCAACAACCCCGUGACCCCACCUCACCCCCAAGAAGCGGGGUUGCUACAGCGCCUCGAGCUCUUAGAGCUGAAAUCCGGGAUUCCCCCUCACCCCGUGCUGACACACCCGAGAAUUGCAGCGUGGUUUUAAGGUGGUUUCCAUCGAAAAUCUUCGACAAACAUGGGGUGGAAAUGGACAACGACAAAAUUUUGGGAUAUCGCAUCUAUGUAAACGGUCAACCAAAGGGCAUGGUAGCUGGUAGCAAGUCCAGGGCUUUGUUGGAUGGAUUGAGACGUGCAUGCGAAUACAGGAUUCAAGUACGUGCUGUGUCAGCACUCGGAGAAUCUGAACCUUCUAAUACAGUGAUUGCUUAUAUCACUAAGUCUGGGAAUGGUACAGAAACACCAUCGCCAAAGAAACCAGAAAAAGUCCAAACUGAUACCAUGUUAGCAUCACCAAAAUUAUCACCACCCAAAAACCCAACAACUCAAAAAGAAAUGAAAAGUGUUGCCGUUCCAAAACCUCCCCUGACCAUUGGUGCUGUGUUCCCUUCAAACCAGGCAACACUGGAAGCAUCAAAGCUGCAUACAUCAAAAACUUUAAUACCACCAGCUGAACCAGCUCUUUCUACAUCUGGAGAUAGUUGGACAACUGCUACCUCUCCUGGUAGAACUGGAGACGUUAGCGCUAGAAAAGCCCCAAAAGCAGUUACUUCUGGUGAAGAUAUAGUAGAGCGUGUUUUACGACGAUACGGUAUUCAAAAAGCCUCGACACUCCCCCCUUUACCACGACAACAGAGUACUAUAGCUCCAUCUGAUGGCCAAACUGGGGAUGGAGACUCUAGCGCCACCAUGCAGGCAGAUUCUUCGUCAAAUGCAAGUGGGGAAAAUAUCACUCCGAGGUCCAAAGCACUUCUUGAUCAGCUAAAAGAUGAGUUGCUACAGUGAGAUUACAAAUGGGCCAAUUAUGGGGAAAAGCCUUCUAUUUUGGGGCCAAAUAUGGCGGCAAAAGGUUUAAUUUUUGGGCAAAUUAUGGCAGAAAGGGCUUUAAGUUUUUACUUGCAAUGCCUUUGAGUAUAUUUUGACUCUAACUCUUUUAAUAAAACUAUUUUUAUAUUCUUUUUGGCCUACUGGUAUCAAAAUGUAAAAUUUUGUUCCAAUGUUUCCUCUGCUGUUCUAGUUCUUGCUAAAUGGCAGAUGAAACUUUAAAAUAAAGUUACGUUUUUUCAUAGAGAAUCUAAAAAAUAUCACUAUGAGUGGCAGCAGAGGUAUAAUUGGAAUUUUCGGGUUUUUGAUGGUAAAACUUUAAAUCUAGCCACAUAAACAUGACAAAGCUAAUUCAAAAUGAUUAAGAAAUUCAUGAAAGUAAAGACGUCCGCUAUUGUAGCCAUAAAACUUUUGUCUUCAUUUUUUUGAGUAGUUUUACUUAUAAGUUAUAAAUUAUAUGUUUCUUCACAUUUUAAAUGCUGAAAUAUUUUUUUGCCGGUGCACAAAAUAAUUACAUUUUUUGGCGUUUAAAUUUGCAUUUAUCCAUUUUCGAUUAAAACAACUUUUGCUAGUAUGCCACUUACAGUAUAAAAAAAAGUUAAAUGGUAUUUAUUUUCCUUUAAAUACAUCCGUUUUCUUGCACAUCCUAUAUCUACUAACACAUGGUUUUUAGUUUAACUAACUUUUGUCAUUUCAUCCUUAAUUUUGUUUUUUCGUAGAAAUUUAGGCUUUUUCGAAAAAAGGAAAACAUUUUGCUAUUUUGUUUCGCCCACACUGUAUUCUGUUUUUAAAAUAUAUUUUCAAUGCUAGAUAUAUUAUAAAAAAAACACAUUUUAAA